AUGGCGCGGGCGGCGGGCGGGCGGCAGCUGCGGCCGGGGCCGGCGCCGCCGCCGCCGCUGCUGCUGCUGCUGCUGGGCGUCCUCCUGCUGAGGGGUGGCGCGGCGGCGGCGGGGGCCAAGCCGUGCCAGGCGCCGCGGCAGUGGGAAGGGCGCAGCGUGUUCUACGAGCACGGCUCGGGCCGCAACACGCGGGCCGCCGUCUCCUACGAUGGCCCCAACCAGCGCCUCCGCAUCCUGGAGGAGAAGAAGGCGCUCAUCCCCUGCAAGAAAUUCUUUGAGUAUAUACUGCUCUACAAAGAUGGAGUGAUGUUUCAGAUUGAACAAGUUACAAAGCUUUGCUCGAAGAUUGCUCUGACAGAGCCAUGGGAUCCAUAUGAUAUUCCUGCCAAUUCAACUUACGAAGAUCAGUACUACAUUGGGGGACCUGGAGAUGAAAUUAUGGUACAGGAAUGGUCUGACAGAAAACCAGCCAGGAAAUUGGAAUCGUGGGUCGGCGUUUACACCGUCAAAGACUGUUACCCAGUUCAGGAAACCUACACGAAGAAUUACAGCGUGACAACCUCCACUCGCUUCUUUGAUAUACAUCUGGGCAUUGCUGACCCCUCGGUCUUUACCCCACCAAGCACUUGCCAGACAGCCCAGCUGACAAGGAUGAAAGAUGAAUGCUGAUUAUGGACACUGGCUGACCUGGGCAAACACAUAUUAGCCGAGAGGAUGGUCCUUAAUAGUCAGCUGCCAAUGUCUAACCUGAUUUUUCAAGCUAAUUGUUGCUCUUUUGGGAAUUUGUAAGUUUUCACUUGGAAGAGAACAUAAACAUACAACUAAGUGAAAUAUAUAACACAAAAAAUCUCUUUCAAUCACAUUAAUCUGUUCAGUGAUGCACUUGCAGUAUUAUAUAGCUACCACUAAGAUAAUAUUUCUAGAUACUAUUUAUUUAAGCUGUAGUUGAUUUUCCUUUUGCAAAGGUUUCGUUAUUUAUUUUUUUCGAGAGAACAAAGCAUAAGCAGACUGCAAUACAGGUAAUGUCUAGAAGGAAAAGCUAGAUGUUAUUGUCACUUCUGGGGACUUGAGGGGAAACAUGAGCUGAGUAAAACCUCAUCCCUAAGUGAAAAAUACUGUUUUAAACAAUAUACAUCAAAAUUGUGGAAAUUUAUUCUUUUGGUUUUACUUUGCUUUGUGUUCUGUUUGUUUGGGGUUUUUUUUCUUUCUACUCUUCAGGAAUCUGGUAGUCUAAUUUUCAAGCUUAUUUUUGUUCUUUCUAAAAAGAAACUGGAGUAGCUUUAUUCAUGUAAUUCUAGCUGACAUGCAAAAAAUACUUUUCUGUUUCUUGGGACAAUGGUGUGAAAGGAAGGGAAGGAGGGAGGGGUACACCUCCAAAAACAGUAAGCCAAAGUUUUCAUUCAUUUACUACAUUUUUGGGGAAGGGUUCCAGUAGGAUGCGAUGAGAUAUUUUUCAGUCAUAUUUUGCUUCAGCACUCACUUUUCAAGGCAAUACUGGCUUUAACAUUAAAAGGUAUUGUACUCUAAAUGACUUUAAUAUUUAGUAGCUGUUUUCAAAAGUCUUUCUUCAGAGUGUAGAAACAGCUUUAUAAUUCCAGGUAGAUGUGAAAAAAGGCCAUUCUUAGUGCAUAGUUAGUAAAGGCAGAAUCAUAUUUCACACAGUGCCCUGUGGUCUGGAUGGAGUGAAAAACGGAGGUGUGUCACCUGCGUAGGGAGGUGGGAGAGAGGAAUGGGAGGGAGAGGUUUUAGAUGACCUCUGUGCAGUGUGGCAGCAAGGCACUGCAAUCUAAACGGACAUGACAAUCUUGCUUUCUUUUGCAUCCACUGCAUUGAUGCCUGCUUUGUUUGCUGUUUCAUCAGCAUCUAAAAUCUUAUUAUCUCCACACCCUUUUCUGGUGUUAAGUGCAACUAGCCAAAAAAGUACAGGAGGCACACAUAUUUUGCGUUAGAAAAUUCAAACCAAACUUUCAUGUGCCUUCAGGCUCCCAGAAGUCUGGAAUAGUGAUGGGUUUUGCACUUUUACUGAAUGAAAUUAAUUGAUUUAUUCUGUAAGACAUGCAUUUUAUUUAUUAUUUGCAAAUAAAUUUAAAGACAGAUUCUUGUCCUCUUAUACAUUUUGGGUAGUUGUUUGCUCCAGAAGUUCUCUGGCUGUAAACAGUGCAACACUGGGAAGUUCAGUGUCUCUGAAAGAGAGAUGCUGGGCUGGCUUUUGGUGCUUUAUAUGGUCAUAGCUUUUUGUGCGUAAGCAAGUGGGACAGUGGUUAUUUUACUUUCAGAGUUGUGGUUAGAAUGGCAUUUUACUUUGCCCCGUGCCUAAUGAAAGCACAUAUACAUGUGGGUUGAAAUUUAGCUAGUUCAUUAAAAAAUUUCUCUUGUACAGGGCCAGUUCACUGAAACAUGCUAGUGGAAAGAAGGAUUGGAUUUCCUUGAAUUUAGAGUGCAUUUAUUCUGUACUUGCCUUCUGUAUUUUUUGUGUCAACCUAAAUGCUAACUGCAUAUUGUUCUCAUUAGGACAAUGAUUAACAUGCAUUUCUUAAUAUGUGUCUUGUUAGAAUCUGGAAAAUAUAAUAAAUCUAGCUAGCAAACAUGAAGAUGUGGUACUGUAUCCUUUUGGAUGGCUUUGUUGCGGUUGAGCAGGUAGCUGGGUAAUCCGAGUGUUUGUAUUAUGUUUUGCUGACAGUGAUAUAAUUUCUAGCAAUAACAUUAAAUGUUCCUUUAAAUAUAAAUUUGCAAAAUUCUGGUACUCAAAAGUGCUUUAAAAAUUUUGCUGUGACAUACAGGGCAAUUUUAUAUGCCUAAAUAUGUACCUCUAAAACAAUGCUGUUGUCUUCAUGUUUAUGCUCUACACAUUCAAUAAAGAGAGUUGUCAAAGAGAUGUCAAACAACAAAAUUUAGGAUUACGUAUUUUAAAUUAGCCGCGGACUGAAUAUGAAGGACAAUGUGCGUAUGCCUGGUUUGUUAUCUUUGUUAUGAUUUGCUUUGGUUUGUUGUCAUGUACCACAAGAGACAUUUUGUCUUUAUGCAACUAUGCCAAUGACUCAAUAGGAAUGAGGAUAAAAAGAAUUUAAGGUAGCUGUAUAGUAUGCCACCAUAAUUGAGUAAAAAUGGGAGUUUCAU